AUGGAAUCGAUUGAUAAAGGAUUAUUUAAUUCGUUUAUAACAGAUUAUCAAAGUGGUGCAGCUAUUAUAAGUAGUGGUGGUAAUAGUAAUAGUAGUGGGAGUAGCAGUAGUAGUAGCUUUGAUAAUAAAGAUGUUUCUCACCAAAAAUGUAAUGGUAAUCGGAUAGUUGGUGGUGAAAAUAAAUCAAACAAUUUGAAUAAGAGUGUUGGUAGUGAGGAUAUAGGGAAACAACAACAACAACAACAACAACAACAACAACAACAACAACAACAACAACAACAACAACAACACCAACAACAACAACAACAACAACAACAAUCUCAACAACAACAACAACCUCAACAACAAUCAUCAAGUACUAAUUGUAAUAAUAAUAAUAAUAACAAUGAAAACACUGAUGAAUCUACAGGUAGCAGUGGUGGUGGUAGUUGCAGUAAUACAGGUUCACCAUUAACAAAUUCAUCAAAUGUAAUAUCUGUGGUGAAUUUAACACCAUUGGUUAUCCCACCAUCACCAUCACCUUCACCAUUACCCUCACCAACUACAACACCAACCUUAUCAUUACCAACAACAACAACAACAACAACAAAUAAUACUAACCACAACAACCAUAAUAAUAAAAACAAAUCAAACAAUCCAUCACCGGCACAAUCACCUAUAACAACACCAUUAUCAUCAUCAUCGUCAAAUAGUAGUAGUAAUAAUAAUUCAAAUUAUUCAUUUCAUACAACUAAAAAGAAAAUUAAUGGAUGUAAGAAUGCAGCUUUUGGAAUAUUAUCUAGGGAUAGAAUUGAUUUAUUAUUAAAGAUAUUAUCACAAAAGAAUCAAAUUACAUCGAUGGAUCAAAAGAUUACAAUUUAUUUAUCGAUUGAAGAGCUAUUAUCAUUAUUAUUGAAUGAAUUGGCUAAAAAGGGUAUACCAUUAACAAAACUUGGUAUUAGAUUGGUUGGAAGUACAGCAAGUAUGAUCGUUAGUUCAAAUUCAAAGAGUAGAAUACCACAAGAUUUCAAUGAUAUCGAUCUUUGUUUUUUCCUCUCUAGAAGAACCAAUUUCACUCAUCUCUUGGAAUUGGAAGAAACUAUUAUCGCUAGAGAAGUCUAUCGUCAAACUGGUAUUAUCAUCUCAAAAAAAGAUGUAUUUGAAAGAUUUUUUAGGGAAAGAGUUAAAGUUUGUAAUUAUAGUUCAACUCCAACUUCAACACCUUUAACUUCAACAAAUAGUAAUAUUAUUAAUAGUAAUAAUAAUAAUAAUAGUGGUAGUAGUGGUAGUAAUAAUAGUAAUAGUAGUAUAAGUACCCCAUCAACCCCAUUAAUUACCUCUUCAUUAUCAUUAUCACCAUUAUCACCAUUACCUUCACAAUCACCAUUAUUAUCACCAUUACCUUCACAAUCACCAUCAUUACAAUCUUCAAAUUAUUCACCAACAGUAGCAACAACUACACCAAUAUUAUCAUCACCAAAUAUCAAUAGUAGUAAUACCAAUAAUACCAGUACCAAUACCAAUAAUAAUAAUAAUAAUAAUAAUUUUGUAAUGGAAGAUGAUUGGUCAUUAAUUAGUUUAGGUGGUGGAGAGGGAGAAAAUUCAAGAAAUAUCGAUAUCAAAUUCAUAAGAAAAAUACAUAGAGCAUAUGCCUUUUCAUUGGAUUCAUUCCAUAUUAUUUUAGAUCCUUUAAUUGAAAAUUAUAAACAAUUUCUUCCACAAUAUCCUCAAAAUAUAGAUUACAUUAUAGCAAUGGCUCACCAAUUACCAAAUACAAUGAAAUCUUCAUCAAUAACACCACCAACAACUUCAUCAUCAUCAUCAUCAUCAUCAUCAUUAUUACCAACAAUAAUAACCACAACAACAUCAUCAUCAUCAUCAUCAUCAUCAACACCCUCAACAUCAACAACCUCAACAACAACAAAUCAACAAAUAACAAAUAAACAACCAUCUUUAUCAUGUCCACAAACUCCAAUACAUUCUUUAUCAACUAAUAAUUCCAAUCAAACUAGUGAGAAUGAAGCAGAAUCAGAAGUUAGUGAAAAUGAAGAAACCAAUAGUAGUGUAAAUGGAUGUAGUGUAAAUGGUAGUAGUAAUGUUAGUAGUUGCAAUAAUAGUAGUGGUAGUGAAGAUGAAAGUUCCUCUGAAAAAUCAUCGUCUUUAUUAUCUCCAAAGAAAUUAAAGAAAUCUUCAACUUCAUCCUCAUCAAAUUCCUCUUCAUCAAUACCAACAUUAGAUCUAUCAAAAGGUAUUAGUGGUACAACACUCAUUGUAGAAUCUUCUUCAACUCUUAGCGCUCCUUCUUCACCAACUGAAGAUCAUUUUUCUGAUUCAAGUAGUACAACUAGUACAUUAUCACCAACACUUGAACCAACUGAUUCACCUUCAAAUUUACCACCACCUUUUUUAGAGUUAGAUAAAUUAUCAUCACAACAACAACAACAACAACAACAACAACAACAACAACAACAACAACAACAACAACAACAACAACAACAACAACAACACCAACACCAACACC